UAUAAAUUUGGUGAGAAGAAAAUGCCAAAAACUUAAAUAAGAUGAUUGGUGUAUGCUAAACCCAACUCCACAAGAAUUGGCAAAACUGUUUUGUAACAAUAACAAGAAAAUAAAUUUAAGUGCAGAUUUUCAACAAACCCAGGCUUUAACCCCCUGUCAUUUUUUCCCCUUAAAACAAAAAUUCCAUUGUGGAAUCAAACAGCUUGAAAUUCAAGAGUUUUACAUUUGAAAAAAGAAAGAAAGAAAAAGCCAUCGACUUUACCAAUAUAUAUACCACAAGAUCAAACAGAUUUUUUCCCAUUGUAAUUUGAAAGAAAAUUGUGCCUUCUAUUUUCUUUCAGAUCUUUCAUUCUUUUGGGGGGGGUUUUUGUUGUAUGAAAUAAAAAAAAUUCAGACUACAAACCCCAAUUGUGUAAUAUAUAGGAAAAAAGAUGAUCUCUUGGCUUGAUGUCUACCAUGUUUUUGCAGCAACUGUUCCUCUCUAUGUUGCAAUGAUCCUAGGUUACCUCUCUGUAAAACAUCUAAAACUCUUUUCUCUCGAACAAUGCGCAGGCAUCAACACAUUCGUUGCUAAAUUCUCCGUCCCUUUGCUUUCUUUCCAAGUCAUCUCCCAAAACAACCCUUUUAAAAUGAACCCUAGACUCAUUCUCUCAGACAUUCUCCAGAAAGUCUUAGCCUUUAUUGUAUUAGCCGUGGUUUUAAGAUUCUGGCAUCCAACAGGAGGAAGAGGAGGAAAGUUGGGUUGGAUCAUAACAGGAUUAUCUGUAUCCGUGCUACCAAACACUCUGAUUCUUGGAAUCCCAAUCCUAAGUGCCAUCGAUGGAGAUGCAGCUGUGAACAUCUUGGUGCAGAUUGUUGUGUUGCAGAGCUUGAUCUGGUACAACAUCAUGCUCUUCUUGCUCGAGAUUAAUGCCGCGAGGAAGAUAACAUCUUCUGGAGCUUCCAUAGAACACAGAGGCAAUGAAAAUGAAGAAGCUGAUAUAGAGCAAGAGCCAAAAGAAGAAGAAGUAGCAAUAGUGAGAACACGAUCUCCUGGAACCGGGAAGAUUCUAUUGAAGGCUUGGAGAAAGUUCAUAACCAAUCCUAAUACAUACGCAACAUUAUUUGGAUUAGUUUGGGCUACUUUACAUUUCAGAUUGGGAUGGAAAUUGCCUGCGAUGAUCGAUAAAUCAGUACAUAUGAUAUCUGAUGGAGGCUUAGGAAUGGCCAUGUUCAGCUUAGGUCUUUUCAUGGCAUCGCAAAGUAGUAUCAUAGCAUGUGGAACAAAAAUGGCGAUUAUAACAAUGGUCCUCAAGUUUGUAAUAGGACCAGCUCUUAUGAUUGCUUCUGCAUUUAGCAUCAGGUUGAGAAGUACUCUUUUCAGAAUCGCAAUAUUACAGGCUGCAUUGCCACAAGGGAUCGUGCCAUUUGUUUUUGCAAAAGAGUAUAAUGUUAAUCCGGAAAUCGCUAGUACGGGGGUGAUUUUUGGAAUGCUAAUUUCCUUACCGAUAACGUUGGCAUAUUAUUUUGUAUUGGACCUAUGAAUACGACAUGCAUGUUAUUAGUUUAAAGUUAAGAGUUUUUUUUUUGUUUUGUUUUAAGAGCUUUUAUUUUCGUAGGGUCUAUACAAUUAUACACGUUUCAGUAUU